AUGAGUGAUACAUACAGAUCCAAACUUAGGUCAGCAUCCAAAGCAAAGCUGGAAGAAGAGGAAGAGGACAACAACAACAACAACAACAGCAAAAUGAAGCAGAGUCAACAAGAAGCAGCAUCAUCCAAUGAAGAGCCUGAAAAAGAUCAUGAUCCUCCUCUUUUACCAAGUCCACAAACACCUCCAAUGACUGAUAUGGGCGAUCCUGCAACUGAAGAAUACACAGAUCUUGAAGCAUUCUUUCCACCAUCUCCUUAUGGCAGAAAACGAAACCAGAUUUAUGGCGACAGAUUCAUACCCUCGCGCGAUGAUAACCUUGUACAUAAUUACCACAUGAUGGAGCCACCUACUAGUCGAUCAAGAAACCCUUAUUUGGAUCCUGAUUUUCAUUCUGGAAGACAGAGCCAUAAUCGGAGGAUAGGAGCCAUAAUUCAAGCUGAAGUCAUGGGAGAUUCAAGCGUUGCCAACGACUUUACGCAAUCCGAAUCAUCAUCAUCCUCUUCUUCACGUACGCCCCGACGAAUACUUAAUUACACCUCCCGCCAAUCACCGCAAACAUCACCAAGAGCAGCCAUCGAUUCACCCACAUCACCACGAUUUCAGACAGGUCCAUUCAGUGAAGCUGGACGUCGUGUUUUAUCAACACCUUUUCGUAUACCACGUGAAAUUAGCCGAACAGCCAUUAAAAUCCUUGACGCCCCUGAAUUACAGGAUGAUUUCUACUUGAACCUUAUCGAUUGGGGACCCAAUGACAGCCUUGCAGUGGGACUUGGCUCAUGUGUAUAUCUUUGGAAUGCCAAUACAAGCAGGGUCACCAAGUUGUGCGAUUUCGUCAAUGAUCCAGUGACGUCUGUGAGUUGGGCAUCGCAUGGCCCUCAUUUAGCGAUUGGCACGAACAAGGGAACGGUUUAUCUAUGGGACACAGAAGCAUCACGGCGGGUACGGACAUGGAGUGGUCAUGUAUCAAGGACAGGUGCAUUGGCUUGGUGCAACAACAUUUUAACAUCAGGGAGCCGAGAUCACAACAUUUUACAUCGUGAUGUACGAUCCUCUCGACCUUAUUUUCGUGAAUUGAAUCGGCAUAUUCAAGAAGUAUGUGGAUUGAAAUGGAGUCCUGAUGGUUCAAUGCUUGCGUCUGGAGGAAACGACAACAACUUGAUGAUAUGGGAAUCGCAUCAAAACAAGGUGUUAUGGACCUUCAGCGAUCAUACAGCAGCUGUGAAAGCCAUUGGAUGGAAUCCUCAUUCUCGAGGGGUGCUUGUUAGUGGAGGUGGUACGGCUGAUAAGACGAUACGGUUUUGGAAUGCCAUUUCAGGCACACCCAUCUCAUCGUAUGACACUGGAUCCCAAGUCUGUAAUGUGGCAUGGUCCAAGCGAACAAACGAGAUUGUAUCGACCCAUGGUUAUGCAAGCAAUUCCGAUAGCUCAUCCAACCAAGUGAUUAUAUGGAAGGCCAACAACAUGCAACGCAUUGCCACACUAUCCGGUCACACGAGUCGUGUGUUGUACAUGUCAAUGAGCUAUGAUGGAUCCACCGUUGUCACUGGUGCCGGCGAUGAGACAUUACGAUUUUGGGAUGUCUUUUCUUCUGUCAAGGCCGUUCGUCGACAACCCGAAGACCGACGAAGUUGCUUAAGAUAA